UUCUCAGCCUGCCCCAUUCCUGCUGUCUGCGCCCAGAGGUCCAUAUUUCCAAUGCCACGCCCUGCCACAGCGUCUGGUCUGACCCAUCUCACCACUCCCCAGUAGCCCCAAGGGAAAGGGGCCCACUUUGGAGGGAUCCUACUGCCCUCAGACCCAUUAACCACAACCCUUUCCUUCUGCACCAGCUAUGUUGGUGCAUGGUGAAUGCUUCCUCAUGCCCAAGACCCCAUUCAUUUCACCUCUUCUCAAGAGUGGACCCCUAACCCUAAAUUCAGAGUCAUAAGACUUCUUGUGUAGAAAGGAUCUCUAAGUCAGAUGGUUCAGGGCCAUGUGAUGCUCGACUCCCUCUGAACUUCCAAGUGGCUCUUCCCCACAACUCCCAGAGGGCUCUGCCCUGCCCUCCUGUCGGCAUUCUCCCUUUGCAGAGAGCUCUGGUCUCACCAUAACAACUACCGCUCUCCUCUGCCCACCCCCCCUUUCCCAGUCAGCCUCAAGCCCUGUCCACACCAUUGUCUUCUGUCUUCUCUUUGACUUGAAUUCCUAUUCUUUUAGUUCCUAGAUUAACAGCCCCCUUCUCUCUUCCCGCUGUCCUCCUCUGCUCAUCUUUAAUCCAUCACUUGUCUCCCAACAGGCGGUGAAGUGAUUUCACCUCACUCUUCGCCUUCUGGGUUCUCACUUUUUCUGGGUGAAUACACCUAAUUCCUGCCUCUAACCCCACCAAAUCUUCCUGUCAAGUUCACCAACUCCAAUGGAGGGAAGAGACGCCCAUUCCACCUCACAAAUAAUAAUGCCUUCACCUAGAAAAGCUUAGAGACGUUCUGCCCUCAUUUGUAGAAACAUAACAGAUGAAAAGCGCAGCUCCCCUACACCCCCACAUAGGACCCGCCAAGGUUCCUCAGGAGAGAAUGAAGAACUGUUUCCCUCCUACAGCCCAGCUGCUGACCCCUCCAUCUAAACAACAACAAAUAAGGCCACAUAACACUUUUUCUGAGUGUGCUAUUCUUGGUUGAGCUCAACCUGACUAUUUUGGCUCAGCAUUAUGAUUUCUACCAAAAUUUUGGGGGAAUGAGGUGAUUGCAGUGGAUUGGAAGGGCCUGAAGGAUGUCGACCAAAUCAACAUGGACAGUACCAGCUCACUGCAUGGGAGCAGCCUCCACCGGCCGUCCACCGAGCAAACCCGGACCGACUUCUCCUGGGAUGGCAUCAAUCUCUCCAUGGAGGAUACCACUUCCAUUCUGCCGAAGCUUAAGCGGAACUCUAACGCCUAUGGCAUUGGGGCACUGGCCAAGUCAUCAUUCUCAGGGAUUUCAAGAAGCAUGAAGGACCAUGUGACAAAGCCCACAGCCAUGGGCCAAGGCCGAGUGGCCCAUAUGAUUGAAUGGCAGGGCUGGGGGAAGGCACCAGCCAUUCAGCCACAACACAGCCAUGAGGCCGUGCGCAGAGACACUGAUGCCUACUCUGACCUCAGCGAUGGCGAGAAGGAGGCACGCUUCCUAGCAGGCGUCAUGGAACAGUUUGCCAUCUCCGAGGCCACUCUCAUGGCUUGGUCUUCCAUGGACGGUGAAGAUCUGAGUGUCAACUCGGCCCAGGAGCCAUUGGGCUGCAACUACAGUGACAACUACCAGGAGUUGAUGGAGAGUCAGGAUGCCCUCGCUCAAGCCCCCAUGGAUGGAUGGCCUCAUUCCUAUGUGUCGCAGGGCAUGUACUGUCUGGGCUCAUCGGAUGCCUGGGAAGCAAGUGACCAGUCCCUCAUCGCCUCUCCAGCCACAGGAUCCUAUCUUGGCCCUGCAUUUGAUGACUCACAGCCUAGCUUGCAUGAAAUGGGGCCUUCCCAACCUGCCUCGGGAUACUCUGCUCAGGAGCCCCUGCCGUUGCUGGGGGAAGACACUGACUGGGCCCCCGGGGUGGGUGCAGUGGACCUGGCAAGGGGCCCUGCUGAGGAGGAGAAGAGGCCAUUGGCCCCCGAGGAGGAAGAGGAUGCGGGAUGCCGGGACCUGGAGUCACUUUCCCCACGGGAAGAUCCCGAGGUGUCCACUGCUCUCAGCCGGAAGGUGUCUGACGUCACAUCCUCAGCAGUACAGCUGAGACCCGAGCGGAAGACCGUGCGGAGUCCAGGAGCUGCCAGUCCUCGGCAGGACGUGGAAGGCCAGGAUGGAAUUUUAACCAGGCUUUCACUGUAGAAACCACAGGUCUGGGAGCCGGCCUGGGUAAACAGAUGGUUAUGAGCUUUGCUUGGCUAAGGGCUUCUAGGUCUGUGAUGAUGAAGCACCAGUAUUUGCUGAGGACAGGAGUAUAGCACGACCUGUGGCCCUUGAUUGGAUCUGUUCUUCAUCCUCGGAUUCGUCUUCCAGGAGCUUUGCCUGGCUGUCUGAAUGCCUCCUUUCCCUGUGUCACUCCUGCUUUCUCCAACUCUGUUUUCUGUAGCUGUGGCCCAGCACAUCCCUACUAUGAGGAACAGACCUCAGGGGCUGUUGGAUGUGGCUGGGUGGGCACAGGGGAGGCCACCUGAAGACAUCUGCUUAGUGGUGGAGAGUCUGGCUUCUGAGAUCAGGAGAUGGGCGGAGUUGGACGUGGCGGAUGGGAUGCACAGGGGCACAAACAUAGUUCUUCAUCAAGGCCCGCCCACAGGCCAGAGAGUCACUGAUGUGCCCAGUAACAAACGCGACCACUUGUUCUGGCAUCUUGGCUGUCCCGCGGCUGAAAGGAGGAUCCUAAGGCCCCGCUCAAGGACCCCGCUGGCGCUGGCUGCUCCAACUCCUGCUUCCCUUUCUGCCUCUCCCAUCCCUGCUCCGGGAGUCCCAGAAUGCCCGUGGCCUGGCCAGACGGGGAAGCAUGAGGGCUCUGUUUCCCUCCAUCCGUCCCCUAAUUCUUUGGAGCUGUUUACACUUUUCUCUUUGCCUUUUCUACAUUUUUAUAACUUCUUGGGGACUCAGGGUGGAGGGAGGCGGAGGGAGGAGCCUGGUGCUGUCAGGCCUAGCGUGGGUUGUUCGCUGUGGGCACUUGGCUCCUGUUGCCCCUUCUUCAGCUCCUCCCAGGACUCCCAGGAGGGCCUCACAGGCAUCCUCCCUCACCUCCCAGGGCCCUCUAUGGAGGAAGAGAGGGGAAUCUGAGUAUUCCUCCUUCCAGGACAGGGUGGGGGAGGCAUAAGCCCUUGAAACUGCUUGCCCUCCCACACCCAGUCUCCAUCCUGGUGGGGAUUCUGUGCAGCACAUAAAGCCCCAACACUCAGUGAGACGGUGACAGCAGAGGGGGCGGGUGGAGUGAAGCAGCUGCAGCUGUGGAACUGGGGACAGCCCGUUGCAGUGGCGGGAGCCCUGGGUAGGGAGAAGUGAGAGGUUCAUUGUCCUUUCCUCAAGCAGCGGGAAGCUUCUCCAGCUCCGGAUCCUACCCAGACUUUGUCAGGGGCCUGCUGCUUCUUCCUUUGCCAGGAGGGCAGCAAUGCCACCCUCUCCCAGGCCCUGGGCACAAACUGCCCCCACCCCCAGGCCCUACACUUCUGCCCUUUGGAAUGAAGAGGCUGAGAGUUGGGUGUUUCUGUCCAUUGGUGACCCUGCCCCCAAUCGAGUUCACACAUUCAUGCACAUGUGCUCCUGAAAUGCAGCUGAGGCCGGGCCCAUGGCUUCCGGGGGAGGGGGACUGGUUCUCCAGGGGUUAGUUCUUGGAGGCAACGGGUGGGCAUGGUAAGCCCAGGUAGGUGAAGAGUCACUUACCUAAUCCAAAGCUGUCUGAGGUAUUUCUUGUGUUUGAUAAUGUGACCUGACUCAGGAGGCACCAGGAUCUUGUGUCCAGGAGCUCUGGGAGUGGCCUUGCAUGCCUGCUAUCUGCUCUGGCUGCUGGCCUUCCCCUAGGCUCCUGCCACAGGUCUCUGGAGUUCUGUAUGUUCACAGUCCCCCCCGUCCCAUGGGAUCUCUGUUUCCCUCCUCGUGCAACCUACCCUCUCAACAGAUUGCCUCUUAGUCUUAUUCCCUUCGGACUCCGUAUUCUGCCCCCAGACCACAGCAGACACCCAGUCCAGUGAGUGGGUUCAUUCAUUACAGUUCCUUUUUGCUCAGGGUCCCGUGGAGUUAGGAAAGGUAGACUGGAGCAGCGUUCUUUCCUCCCUCAUUUCCCCCAGGAAGCCAGAUGGCCCCUGCCAAAAGCUGGCUACACCUGGGAACCUGGCAGAGCUCACAGGCGAGCUGCUGAGCAACCCAGGGGCACCUGCAUGGCUGCAGACCAGAAGUGGGGGGGGGUCUGCGCCAUGCAAGGAGGUGCCUUUCUGUUCUGAAGCAGGAGAAGACCCAAGGAGUAGGCCUGGGAUCCUCUUAGGACUCUUCCUUCUGGAGGAAUUGCUUCUCUGGUGCUGGGGGCAGGGUGCAUGGGGUUUGCUUAUAGCCUAUUUUAGGGGGUGGGAAGGGGCAUGUGCAGGAAGAGGCUGGUGGGGGGUGGGGGAGUGCUUUUCCUUGGGGUUAAAGGCUGUGCAGCACGUUUUACAACAGUCCCAGAACAGGGCUGUUUUUUAUUAUUGUGAAUGAAACUGCUCUUGCUCAAUGAUUUUCUUUUGGUGGGGGGGGUGCACUUUCAUUUUUUAUUCACUUUAUUACAGGGAAGUCCAAAUCUUCCAUUCUUCCCCUUCCACUACCCACCUCUCCUGAACCUUCCUUCUCAUCCUUGUGUUAAGGAAGGAAUCUUGGUGAAUGAGUUUAUUAACCUCCUGGCCCCCAUGUACACAUACAUCCCAUAUUCCGUCUUCCAGGUCUGGGGAAUAUCCAUUUUUAUGGCCAGUCUUAGCAUGUUUUCUUAAUGUGACAUUCCCACCCCAGGCCCAAGAGAGAGUCUAUGACAUAUAUUACAGAGAGAAUUAUAUAUAAAUAUACAUAUAAAUAUUAUAGAUUAUAUACACUUGGGCAUGGGCUCUAAUGCCCACUGCCAGUUCCCCUCCUCAGGUCGCAGCCUCUCUCUCUUGGCCUUGGGAGGGGGAAGAGGGAAGGGAUGUAACGUUGGAGAGGGCUACGGGCUGUGUUCAAUGGCACUAAACAAAGUGUUGGCACCUUUGA